AUGUCAAUCCAUUGUGCUAUUUUAUUUUAUUUCUUAAUUAUCCAAAAAUGUGAUGCAAAUGAAUCAGUUUUUAUCAAUACAACGUUGGCAACAGAGUCCGUUCAAUUUGAUCCCGAUGAUCCAGCAAUAUGGAUAAACAAGAAAACACCUGAGUUAAGUCUUCUAUUUGGUACUGAUAAAAUAGAAACAGUUGGUGCAUUAUUCGUCUAUUAUCUGAAUGGAACAAUCAAACAAAUAAUACAAAAUCUUGAUCGACCAAAUAAUGUUGAUGUCGAAUAUGGUUUCAAUAAAAUGGAUAUCGUUGUUCUAACGGAACGUCGAAAACAACAAUUACGAAUAUAUGCAAUCGAUGAUGAUAAACUUCAGCUAUACGAAGUGGGAGGUAAUACCCAAGUAUUUGAAGAUCGUGUCGGUGAGAAUGCUGCACCAAUGGGUAUUGGUUUAUACAAACGUCCAAGUGAUGGUGAAAUAUUCGCUAUUGUUAGCUCAAAAACUGGACCAAAAACUGGUUAUCUUGGUCAAUACCGUUUAAAAUGGAAUGAAAAAAGUCAAAAAAUAGAUUUAGAAUUUGUUCGUUAUUUUGGUGAUUUUUAUGAAAAUGAAAUUGAAUCGAUCGUUGUUGAUGAUCAAUUAGGUUAUGUUUAUUAUUCAGAUGAAGGUUACGGAAUAAGAAAGUAUAAUGUAUGUCCAGAUAAUCCACAAAAAAUGCAAUUAGGGUUGAUUAAUACAACAAAUAUUUGGCUAGGUGAUUCUGAAGGUUUAGCGAUUUAUGAUACGGGUAACAAUGAUGGUUAUUUAAUCAUCACCGAUCAAAUUGAAACUGGUUCAAUAUUUCGAAUAUAUGAACGUCAAAGUUCUAAUUCAUAUUUAAAAUCGAUUCGAACAAAUGCCAUUUCGACAGAUGGAUUAGAUGUGACAAGUCAUUAUUUAAAUGCACAAUUUCCAAAUGGCAUGAUGAUUGCUAUGAAUAAAAACGGAAACAACUUUCUCCUGUUUGAUUGGAGAAAUAUUGCUCAUAUAGGUGACUUGAGACUUAACUUAAACAAUACCGCAAAUACAUUAUAUUCAUUUUUCACAAUCAUCACUUCUUUUCUUCUAUUAAUUAAUUAUUACUUCUCUUCAUUAAUCUCGUAA